CACGGGCCGCGCACGCGCAACGAUCUCAGCCUCGCUGCCUUCUGCUGCCUUCUUCAAAGUGGCACUGCAUUGCGUCUUAAGUCGCAGCCUGGGCAGGGUGCUAUACUGAGUCACCCCCGAAUCCGCCCACUCUACGUUUAUUUGCCUCUAGUUGCCGACCCAACGUCUCUGUACUUCGCGACUCUGCGACAGCUCCCUACAGAGUGAACGGCACGAACCUUUCCGAACCGACUACACUUCGGAAGACCUACACGUCCCGAGUCAUCUGUGAAGGUUCUUGGCAUUCGAUUUUCUCUCUCUGAAGCGAGGACAGCAUAAUCGGCCAGCGCGUCAGUUCCGUUGGUUAUUCGACCCAACAUAUCAGGCAACAUGGCAUCUCCGUCGUUUCGCGAAUCGAUUAGCUCUUUGGGCUGGUCACGUAGAGAUGAAGUCGAACCAGUCACCACAACACGGCAAAGCGGACUUUUGUCAUCUAUCCAGUCCCUGAAUCCAUUCAAGGAUGGUGGUUAUGUCCAACUACCGACUACCGAAAGCAGUGGAGCACCUUUGCCUGCUCCUAAUAGGAGAGAAGAGGAAGAGGGCUGGCUCGUAUUAAGUCGAUGGGAUCGGCUGAUGAUUUUCGGUGCCUGCAACCUUGCUGCACUUGCCUGCUUCGUCAUUUGCUUUGCCUUGUUCCCAGUCCUGUCGCUACGACCUACCAAGUUUGUCAUUCUGUGGACUUUGGGUUCCAUUUUCUUUCUCGCAUCGUUCGCAGCAGUUAUGGGACCAAUGGCAUAUGCUCGCCAUCUCCUAUCCGCUGAGCGCCUACCUUUCACCAGCGCCUACCUUGGCUCCCUCGGUCUAUCUCUCUACUUUGCACUCGGGCUUCGUAGCACCAUCCUCACUCUUGUAUCUGCCAUUGUUCAGUUAGCGUGCCUCGUUUGGUACCUUAUCAGUUAUUUCCCCAUGGGAUCGACUGGAUUGCGGUUCGCGACUUCGCUUGGUGCCAGACGCGCCGCAACUUGGAUGACAGUCUGAUGCUUCCUCUUCAUAAAUUCUACUUUACCCAGCCUCCACUUUUGUAGAGGGGCUGAUUUGAAGUUCGGAGCUUCUACACUUGCAAACGAACGCCCUUCUGGGGACUUUUUUUGCGGCAACGUAGCUGGUUGGUCAACUAGAUGCGUGUCAUGUUUGGCUCUUGACUUGGAAGCAAGAAUUAAAAUUGAGAUUGUUAAAAGGCGACCGGGCACCGUUCACAAGUGGUCAAGUUCGCAUAAUCGACUU